AUGGGGAAGAUCGGACGAGAGCGCUACAAACUGGAUCGUUUCGCUCUUCUCUCGUCUUCUGCUGUGAUUAAUUACGAUGAGCGAUCCAACGUUGGCUACCUUUUUAAAAAUCUUAAACCCAUGGCUGCAAUUUCCAUUGCAUGCUAUCGGCAUAUAUACAUGAUUUUCGAUGUGCGGUCGACCUAUUCACAUAUAUACGACAUUUUUUGUUUGCAUCAGAAGCGACUAAAGAAGAAUGGGCAGAAAGUUUACAAUCACGCUAAGUUCGAACUUCAGCAGCAUAUUCGAUGUUUUUGCACGAUAUGGCAUAAGAUAGUGCUGGUUUACUAA